UGAUUGAUGAUGCCAUGCGAUAUUCAACAUCAUAGCUCUCCUAGGAAUACAACAAGUUCAUCAAAGCAUGCUGAUAUGCACUGCACUCACUGCACUCAAUGCACAGCACUGCCACUGCCAUUGCAUUGCCACUGAAGACACAUCAAGCCUUCCUGCUGCCGAAGACUUUGCCAGCAGAUUAGAGAAGGAUGCUAUCCGUAUAGAGUAUCCAACGCAGGAAAGACAAACAAAUGAGACUAGGCGUUCUUUGAGGAACAGAUGUUCAAAGUUUGCCAUGUACCGUACAUAAUCACCAGGCUACAGAUAUAUGCGAUACAGACAAACUUCCCCAUUCUAUUUUUUGACGGAGCAGGAAGGCCCGUCCGCUUCUACUUCAGGCCGUAUCAAUAAACUUGUCAGCCUCGUCGAACAGCCCCAAGCUCCGAGCUAAAUAGUUAAUAACCCCUCUUACCCUCUCACCCUCUAACUCACAGUCAAUUACUUUUUUUUUUCAAAACUCAGGUACCAUAAUAUUUACAACGUAUUCUAAUUUCUACCAUCUUUCAAUACCUUUUGAAGUACAUAUCUACCGCCACUCAAGCUCCACAACAAAACAAUCUUCAAUAUGUUCGUCCAAGAUACAAUCUGAGUGCUCAUUCUAUAAGCUGAUGCUGAUUUUCAUGUACCCAGGCGUAUCACUUUGACCAUCACCGCUCCUACAGAUGAUGAUGGGGACCUUAUAUCUCUCGAAAUACCUCAAGACACUACGGUGGGCACUUUGAAGGAAAUGGUCGAAUCCGAAGCUCGCAUCCCUAAGAAAGAUCAACAUUUAUACCAUAAUGGACAACUGCUCAUUGACGAUAAUAAGACAAUGGAACAAUUACAGAUCGGUGACGGGGAAAUGCUUGCCUUACACGUUCGGGAAACUCGGGUUCCUCCUGCCGCUUCAGCUCAUCGGGCUUCGCAGCCUGCUCGUGCACAGCCUCAAGGUAGAGGAGGUCAAGCACAACAACCAGAUCCAGAAACGAUUCGAUUGCAGUUGCUUGGCAAUGCGGAAAUGAGACAAGAGGUCGCUCGUCAAAGUCCAGAACUGGCGGCUGCCGCCGAAGACCCCCAGCGAUUUGCGGCAAUACUUCACCAGAUGCGAAGUCGGGAAGCAGAGGAGUUGGCCAGGCGGAGACAGCAGAUUGCAGAUUUAAAUGCUGAUCCUUUUGAUAUCGAGGCACAGAUGAGGAUUGCGGAGAUGAUACGUGAAGAACGAGUGCAGGAGAAUUUACAAAAUGCUAUUGAGCAUAAUCCCGAAGGUACGUGGUUUGCUCUAGUCUAUCUGCGCCAAACUUCUAACCCGGACAAUCAACAGUAUUCGGCCGUGUCCAUAUGUUAUACAUCGAUGUCGAGGUCAACGGGCAUAAAGUCAAAGCAUUCGUCGACUCCGGUGCCCAAGCUACCAUCAUGUCUCCUAAGUGUGCCGAAGAUUGCGGCAUAAUGCGACUUGUAGAUAAACGUUUCGCAGGAAUAGCUCGAGGAGUUGGAACCGCCGCUAUUUUGGGGCGAGUACACUCGGCGCAGAUUAAGAUUGGUAGCAUGUUUUUACCUUGCAGUUUCACGGUCAUGGAAGGCAAAGAUGUCGAUUUACUCCUGGGUUUGGAUAUGUUGAAGAGACAUCAAGCUUGUAUAGACCUGUCGAAGGAUAAACUCAUCAUUCAGGGUGUCGAGGUUAGCUUCUUGGGUGAGGCCGAUAUUCCCAAGAAUAUGGAGGAUGAGAGAGCCGAUGAACCACAACUUGCCGGGCCGGGAGGAACGACCAUUGGGGCAAAAUCGGGGGCCGUUUCCGGGCCCUCGGCAGGACAACAAGCACCCCAGGCUGCGGCACAUACACCAGCUACUUCUGCUUCAUCAGCUCCGCCACAGCACCAACAGCAGCAGCCAUCAUUUCCAGCCGAGAGUAUAGAUCAGCUUAUAGCGUUGGGAUUCUCGCGAGACGAAGCUGUUAAUGCGUUGGCGGCUUGUGGGGGUGAUGUUCAGUAUGCGGCUGGUCUUUUAUUCCAAGGUUAAAAUGGGAUUGGAUGGGAUAGGUUAGGAUGAUAGAUAAUACGUUCUAUGUAUGGCCGGUCAUGGCUUAACAUAGUGGAAGGGAGGCAAAACAGGCAAUAUGAAGCAGAGUCCGGGAACAUAGGACUUGAUUUUGAAUUAUGCAGCCUGUUGAUGAAUCUUAAAUAGCAAAACUGGCGUUAGCAUAGCAAAUGCGUGCCUGGGUGAUUAUGAUUUA